AUGGCGUCGUCGGACUUUCUCAGCGACCCGUUCACGGUGAACAGCAAGAACGUCGAGUACACGGACGACGAGAUCACGUCGCACUACUCGUACACGACCACGCGCGUCGAGGGGAACGUGGCCACGCCCCUGGACGUCAAGUACACGCUCAAGACGCAGCGCCGAGUGCCUCGUCUCGGGGUCAUGAUUGUCGGCCUCGGGGGCAACAAUGGCUCGACGUUGGUGGCCAGCGUCCUCGCGAACAAGCACCACCUGACGUGGACCACGAAAGAAGGCGUGCAGGAGCCCAAUUACUUUGGCUCGAUCACGCAGGCGUCGACGGUCCGACUCGGGUCGAACGCCCAGGGCGAAGGCGUGUACAUUCCGUUCCACAAUCUCUUGCCCAUGGUCGCGCCCAAUGAUCUGGUCCUUGGCGGCUGGGACAUUUCGUCGCUCAACUUGGCCGACGCGAUGAAAAGAGCGCAAGUGCUCGACUUUGACUUGCAGCGCCAGUUGGUGCCGUACCUCGAAUCCAUGUCGCCCCUCCCGUCGAUCUACUACCCGGACUUCAUUGCCGCAAACCAGGCAGAUCGGGCGGACAAUGUAUUGCCUGGUUCCAAGCAGGACCACUUGGACGCUGUGCGCCGCCACAUUCGGGACUUUAAACAGAGCAACAACCUCGACAAGGUCAUUGUGCUCUGGUCGGCCAACACGGAGCGCUUUUCGGACAUUAUCGACGGCGUGAACGACACGUCGGCGCAUUUGCUGUCGGCCAUUCAGGCCAACGAAGCGGAAGUGUCGCCGUCGACGAUCUUUGCCGUCGCGUCCAUUCUCGAAGGCUGUUCGUACAUUAACGGCAGUCCUCAGAACACGUUUGUGCCUGGCGUGCUGGACCUGGCCGAGGAGAAGAAGGUGUUUAUAGGCGGCGACGACUUCAAGUCGGGGCAGACCAAGAUCAAGUCGGUGCUCGUGGACUUCCUCGUGUCAGCUGGGAUCAAGCCCACGUCGAUCGUGAGCUACAACCAUCUCGGCAAUAACGACGGCAAGAACCUCUCGGCCCCGCAGCAGUUUCGGUCCAAGGAGAUUUCCAAGUCGAACGUCGUGGACGAUAUGGUCGCGUCCAAUCGGCUGCUGUACAAGGAGCACGAGCACCCGGACCACGUUGUCGUGAUCAAGUACGUGCCGUACGUGGGUGACAGCAAGCGCGCGUUGGACGAGUACACGUCCAAGAUCUUUAUGAACGGCACGAACACGAUCUCCAUGCACAAUACGUGCGAAGACUCGUUGCUGGCGUCGCCGCUGAUCCUCGACCUUGUGCUCAUCUGUGAGCUCGCGGAGCGCAUUACGCUCAAGAAGGACGACGCGUCGUCGGACUUUGAGCACUUGCACUCGGUGCUGUCUCUCCUCAGCUACAUGCUCAAGGCCCCGCUCGUCCCGCGUGGCACGCCCGUGGUGAACGCGCUCUUUGCGCAGCGCGAGUGCAUGAUCAACCUCUUCCGCGCGUGCGUUGGGCUUGCCCCGGAGAACCACAUGAUGCUCGAGAACAAGUUGUUUAGCGAGCUUUGUGCGCGCCAGUGA